AUGGAAUCAAGACCUGAUAGUCCUCGUAAGAACUUAGCAGAUCGUUCACUCCAUGGUUUUAUCAUAAACAUCCAGAAGAACGCAUAUCCACGUGGAAAUCAAAUGCGCUACUGUUUUAAUACGAUUGACAAAUUAAAACUCGAUGCAGUUAAGAUUUUAUCACUUCCAAGCAAGGUAGAAAAGAUCUUUGAUGAAACAGGAAAGGCUGUUACAAGUGCGGACCAAGUUAAAGAAAAAGGACUUUAUUACAUUUCUUGUGGCGAGAAGUACGCAUCAGGAAUGCCAAGUCCAAGAUCCAAGUCUCGUGAAGUCUUUACACUUACAGAAGAAGAGGAAGAAGAGCCAGAACGUGUCCAAACAAGCUUCGAAGCCUCUGUUGCCGAAAACAUCGCAAAGAAGCAACAGGAAGCUGCAGAGAAGGAGAAACAAGCUGCCAAGAGCCCAGACAUUAAGAAAGAGAAGGAAAUGGCCUCAUUUAACAGACUUAUCGCAAUUUCAAAUAAAUCUGUCCAAGAAGCAUAUUUAGAAUCCACUCUUGCUGCCUUUGCUUCUACAGAGCCAGACCAGAAGGCCAAGCUUACAAAGUUCGAUCAACUCUCAAAUCUUUCGAAGAAUACAGCUUAUUACGAUUUCAUCAACCACUUAGUUACAAACCAGAUGGCACCGAACUACGGAACAUCAGAACUCCAAGACGAAGUCGAUGCAUGGUGCAUGGAUGCUCUUAACCAGCUUACAAUCAGUGAUAUUAACUUCAUCAUCUCCGGAUUACCAUCUACAGGCAAAUCAUCAACAUUAUAUUCUCUCUCAACGAUCCUCUUCAGAAAGAUCCAACAAUCAUCAGCAAAUGGUUCUUUCUUAUUCUUCCCGUUGAAUUUCGAGAAACUUACACUUGAAUUCAAUUCCAUCAAGCAGAUCUACAACGUAUUUGUUACAAAUACACUUAACGCUGCUCGCUACAGCAACUACGCCAUUGCUCCUUUCGUAUCUUCCUUAUGUCAAUGGUUUAUCUCCAUUCCGACAGCGAAUGUAUUCCCAUCAUUCCCACAGAUGCCGGAACAUGUCCACGGAAUCGAUUUUAAGGCAAUCAGAGCUCUCGGCCAGUCAAUUUUCGAUAUCUGCAAGGUAAAGUCGAAUUUACAGAAGUUCAUUGGCGCUAUUACCGAUUUCCCAGCCAAUUUCGCACAGACAAUCGGUCUCCCAACUGUUCUUUUCAUUCUUGAUCAUUUCGAUUACUGCGAUGUCGAAGCCCUUGAUGAAUCAAUGUUCCCUGACAGUAUCUAUUCCGUCAAGUUCGCUCCGGAGAUUUGCCGAUCCAUUUCUGGCCAGAAAUACCUCGUAUCUUGUGAAAAUGAACAAGCAUUCGCUCAAUGCUUCACUUGCGAGGGAGCAACACCAAUAGAUACAGAGGGAAUAUGCAGAUCCCAUGUCGAUGGCCGCACAUUGACUGUCAAACCAAUGAAAAUCGAAUUAACAAUCGAAGAUUGCAUCGGAGCUCCAGGAAUCAUCGCUGCCUUCGAGCAUGUUUGCGAUCUGGCUGCUAAAGUUAACACAGAUCCUGCCCAACCAAAGGGAAUUAAGAUUAUGUCCGCUGUAUCUCGCUCCAGAAAGUACAUUCUUAAGCGCGAGGUCAUGAGAUUGUUCAAGGUUCUCUUCGGAGCUGGCAACAAUAAGGUCACAUUGGACACUUUGAACGAUCUUGAAGAUUCCGACUUAAUUGUCAAUGUAGACGGCGAAAAGAACCCUCAGGGAGAGGAAGGACAGAACCAAGAAGAAGAAGAUGGUGAAGAAACAACAAAAACAGCUAAUUCUCGAGUUCAAUCUUCUCCAUCAAACCGUACAAAGGCUUCUCCUGCAAAGUCAACCCCUGCUAAGACUACAACACCAACAAAAUCACAAUUGGCCGGCCAAUCUUCUUCUACAAAGGGAAAUUCGAAUAAUAAUAACAACCAACAAGGAACUCUAUCGAAAUCUGGCCAUCCAAACUCAUUAUCAGCUAAUACAAAGUCUCCUGCAAAGAAUUCUCUUAAUGCUUCUUCAAAUUCUUCUGCUCCGAAAUCUACUUCAAAUCCUCCUUCAUCUAAAGACCAGCAACCUAAUAAACCUGCAAAUAGCAACUUUAUAGAACUCGUUGAUGAUUCAGAGGAGGAUAUUUAA